CCCGGAAGGAGCGAGCUUGCGGCGAGUGAACCAGUGAGUGAAAGCGGCGCCGCCCGCCGGCCGCAGGUGCGGCAAAGCCAGUGUCAGCUGCAGGUUCUCUUAGGGCUCCCGGAAAGGAGGGCGAGCCGCGUGCAUUCGCGCCGCGCCUCCUUGCGUUUCUGUUCCCCAAAUAGGGCCUUUCCUCCCGCCGCCCAGGCCCCUGCGUGGGCUGGACGCGUCAGCCCCACACAUUAGCCUCGCUGCGCCGCCCAGACUCUACCUUGCCUCCCCGUCCCGGUCCCUGGCCCCUGCCCUGUCGCCCGCCGCUGGAGCGGUGACCGCCCGGCCCGCCGUUCUUCUGCUGCUACCGCUGCCGGCAUCAUGGGCAGUGAGCAGAGCUCCGAGGCUGAGAGCCGACCCAACGAUCUGAACUCCUCAGUGACUCCUUCACCAGCCAAGCAUAGAGCCAAGAUGGAUGAUAUUGUGGUUGUAGCUCAGGGCUCCCAGGCCUCACGAAAUGUCAGCAACGAUCCUGAUGUCAUCAAGUUGCAAGAGAUUCCAACCUUCCAGCCCCUUUUGAAAGGGCUAUUGAGUGGCCAGACUUCCCCAACAAAUGCCAAAUUGGAGAAACUGGACUCUCAGCAGGUGUUGCAGCUCUGCCUCCGUUAUCAAGAUCACCUGCAUCAGUGUGCAGAGGCUGUUGCUUUUGACCAGAAUGCUUUGGUUAAACGUAUCAAAGAGAUGGAUCUGUCUGUAGAAACUCUGUUCAGCUUCAUGCAGGAGCGUCAGAAAAGAUACGCCAAGUAUGCCGAGCAGAUCCAGAAAGUGAACGAGAUGUCCGCCAUCCUGCGUCGCAUACAGAUGGGCGUGGACCAGACCGUGCCGCUGCUGGACAGGCUCAACAGCCUGCUGCCCGAGAGCGAGCGGCUGGAGCCCUUCAGCAUGAAGCCCGACCGCGAGCUCAGGCUGUAGCUGCCGCCCGGCCUGCCUGGGGACCCACACGCCGAGGAGGUUUGGAGCCCACAUCGUCUCGUCUGACCGGGGCUGGAGGCUGGUGGGAGGCUCUGGUACUCCCUAGUCCGGCAGGCGUGAAAAUCUGACUUUGCCCAACUCUUUUCCUUGAUCAGUUUCCUGGUGAAAGGAACCAAACCAGUUCUCGGUGAUAACUGAAGCCGGAACAUGUGAAUUAUUAGGAAUUCUUUGAAGAACUCUGCAUUGAGGAUUAUUUUUAUUCAGUGUGUGUUUUUUUCUUUUUUUUUAAAUUGAGAGUAUGUAGUAUAGUCCAGGUACUGGAAUGAAAAUAUGGAGACGAGGGGAGAAAUGUUUUAAGCAGCUGUGUGUUCUCCGUGCCCUCAUGACAUUUUCAGUAGGCUGUCUGGUUUACAUGUCAACAUGAAAAACUCAUUGAAUCUAGGUCUCUGUGUUGUUCCUGUUUCUACCCUGUUUCCGUCACACCAAGCCCUUAUCUGGGGCGCGUCUUCCUGCCCAGGUGGAGCACUGGCUUUCUGUUGACUGUCAGGUUACGGUGUCCCUUAGUCGUCAUCAGAAACUGAAGCCUCCCUUUCCACACCCUCAUCAGAUUCAUCUCCACUGAUAACCGGUUUCCUUGAUGCAGACAUAGUUGAGCUUUCUUUUCAACACUGGCAGGAUUCCAGUUUUUGUAACAAGGUUUUAACCAGCAUGUGGUUUUGCUAGCCUAGAAAAUGUGUGGGACAGGAAGGCUCUGGACACUGACUGCAGAGAUCUGUCAUUCCACAGACAUUUCUUGCGCCCAUUUGAUGUGUCUGAUAUUGCGCCAGGGAUACAAAUAUGGCCGAAUAGCCUCAGGCCUUCAUUUCUGAAAAGGAAAAACUCGAAAAGCUGCUGAAUUUCUCUGGGAGUUUAGGAAAGGAAGUGAUUUGAGUAACAACGAAAGGGCUUAGUGUCGUACUUUGCACAUCCCAGGUGUUCUAAUGGAAGGGAGGACUGGAGAAGCAAAGAAUGGAAUGCAGGGAGCAGACCUAGGCAGACGCCUUGAGCCUGAGAGCCAGGGCUGGAGGGAGGUGCUGGGGCUAGGAUGCCAUGCAGGCCAGCACCCUGUUGUUCCCUGUGUUCCUGCAAGCCUCGGGAGGUGUUUUCAGAUGCCAGAAAGAGCCCUCAGUAGAGUCACAAGAUUGAAAUUGAUCCACUUAA